AGAUCCAAUAUGGCGGAUGGAGAAGCAUCGAAAGAACUCACUGCAAAACAGCGUAAAAAUAAGAAAAAGAAGGAGGCUGCCAAACGUAAAAAGCAGGAGCAAAGUCUUAAGGAGUCUGUCGAAGGAAGUGAGAAACACGAUGGAAGGGAAACCCAAGAAAACUUCGAGUCAGCAGAGGACAAGUUUCAUCGAGAGCUGAACUGGUGUAUUGAACAGCUUGAGAUGGGCCUUGCUUUUCAGAAGACUGACAAGAAACACGCCGAAGUUGUUCACCGUCAUUUACGAUCUUUAAAGUCUUCCAAAACACUCAUGCCAAGAAAACGACAACUGAUGUUUUCACUGUUUGGAGACUACAGAAAGAAGAUGGAAGAAGACAAAAGAAGGGAAAAACAAGAACCAUCUGUGAAUCCAAGACUGACUACUGUUAACAGGGAAGAACAAAAAAGCAUUUUUGUCAAAGUUUGUCAGACAAAAUGCAAAGAUUCAGAUAAGGAGAAAGCCGCAGACAAAGAAGAGAUUCCCUCAAACAAUGUCUGGAAGUUUCAAACAUCUGAUAAUGAGUUCAGAUUUGAUUUUGGUGAUUCAAGAAGCUAAAAUGCCGGUCAGUUGGACCAAUUUACUCUUAAGUAAUGUGGAAGUCAUGUGAUG